AUGUCCUCGGGGACUCGCACUCUACCAUGCAUCCAUCGCGUGCGGUCAAGGCCGCCUGGCCUAUACAUUGCCAUGAUAGGUGCAUUUGUGAGUCUGUUGUAUCUUUUCUACAUCUUCGCCGUACCACAGCUGCGACGGCUGCAUCUCAGGACGGAUCUGAGCUGGUACGACCUGGGACUGUAUGGAUUCGGACCAUCCCAGGAUUAUGUCUCCUUCGACUAUGAAUCUCCAGUGGUGCAAAUCUCCGAAGGGGGAGCUGGAAGCGAUCCGCAAUUCACCUUCCUGGCCCCUCGAGGGGACUCGGUCGUCCAGCCGGGCCCCAUGAUACUCGACUCUCGAGGAGAAUUAGUGUGGAUGAAGCAUAACUGGGAGAUAACCCAGGACUUCAAGGUCCAGCGGUACCAAGACACCGACUAUCUCACAUACUGGGAAGGCGAUGAGGUUGAGGCUAGAGGAUAUGGAGCAUGGUACAUGCUGGAUUCCACAUACACUCAACGAUAUGUGAUCACCCCCAUCGGAAGUUACGGCGGCGAUCUUCAUGAAUUCAACAUCACCCCCCAAGGAACCGCCCUCGUCACAAUCUAUGACCCAGUGCUGGCCGAUUUGACCUCGAUCGGGGGUCCAGAGUUGGGAUGGAUCUACGACGGGGUGUUCCAGGAAAUCGACAUCGCCACGGGCGAAUUGAUCUUCGAAUGGCGUGCAUCCAAGCACUAUCCGAUCAACAGCACGUAUGAAACGUUGGGCAAGGCAGGGGCGACGCGAUCAUCGGCCUUCGACUACUUCCACAUCAACAGUGUCGACAAAGACGACCACGGAAAUUACAAUAUUUUAGCACGACAUACACAUACUGUAAGCUGCAUCGACAAGGACAGCGGGGUGGUGUUGUGGACGCUCGGGGGCAAGCUCAACGAUUUCUGA